AUGGACAAUGAUCGGUAUGGGGCACAUCGACCUCACAGAGUCCUAACUAGCCCUAUCAAGGAGUCCAACAACGACUACAGAGGCGAACGACAGCAAUCACCAUCUUCACCAACAAGGUCACUGCAGCAGCCAGCACUACCCACUGCUAGCGCAGACGCAUCUAUCGCAAAUGCUCCUGCCAUUGCCAUUCCUCCAAUACCCUCACAAUCGCAGCAUUCAUCGACAUUAGCACAACAACAUCAACCACUGGCCUCGUCGAUUGUACAAAAUGUAGCAAGGCCACGGAAAGUCGUUGCUGAUUACAGGUUGACAAAGACGCUUGGAGCUGGAUCAAUGGGUAAAGUGAAGCUGGCAGUUCAUAUUCAGACGGGAGAAAAGAGGGCAUGCAAGAUCAUACCGCGCCCUGCUGGCUCUACACCAUACCCUGAACCAAUAUCAAUUGGCCCAACGAGCUCAAUACGCGAUUUCCCAGCUGCAGGUAUAAUGGACCAAUCAAAACCACCCCGAUCACCUCCUAUAGGCAGCAGUGGUAAAUCGAAGUCACCAGCACGACCAGCAGAUGAUGCGAAGAAUAUCAGCAAGGAAAUUCGUAUAAUCAGAGAAGCCGCCAUCAUGCUACUACUACGUCAUCCUCAUAUAUGUGCUUUAUAUGAAGUUGUCCUGCUGGAUGAGUUCUACUACAUGUUCUUUGAAUAUGUCGCUGGUGGCCAGCUUUUAGAUUAUAUAAUUGGGCAUGGCAAGCUCAAGGAGAAGAAUGCUAGGCGGUUUGUGAGGCAGAUUGUUUCAGCCGUUGAUUAUUGCCAUCAGAAUUCCAUAGUGCAUCGAGAUCUCAAGAUUGAAAACGUGCUCAUUGAUAAGCUGGGGAAUAUCAAACUUAUCGACUUUGGACUAUCGAAUCUAUAUUCACCUGGAUCGCAGCUACAGACAUUCUGUGGGUCGCUGUAUUUCGCAGCUCCUGAAUUGCUGAAUGCUAGAGCGUAUACUGGCCCAGAAGUGGAUAUAUGGAGCUUGGGUAUAAUAUUAUAUGUUCUAGUAUGCGGACGUGUGCCAUUUGAUGAUACCAGUAUGCCAGUAUUACAUUCAAAAAUCAAGGCUGGACAUGUCGAGUUCCCUUCUCACUUGUCAAAUGAAUGCAAGCAUUUAAUAUCAAGAAUGUUAGUAACACAUCCAGGUCAACGAGCAAGUAUGCUCGAAGUAAAGUCACAUCCAUGGAUGGUGAAGGGCUAUGAUGGAGCACCCGAUAAUUAUCUACCACAUCGAGUUCCAUUGACCUUGCCACUAGAUUCUGAAGUCAUCGACAGAAUGAAAGGAUUUGAAUUCGGAUCCUCAGAAUAUAUUCGAACCGUCAUUGAAGAGCAAGUGACUCGUGGUCUAUCGACCAAGCAAUCAUUUGGUGGCGGAGAUCAUAGUCGUGCACCAGAAACGCCCUUAGCGAGUAUAUAUUAUCUGGUUAAGGAAAAAAUGGACCGUGAACGACGAGAUGAAGAUUCGGGUGUGCACGAACCACCCAUAAAGUCGGCAGAAGAUAUGGAAUGGGAUAGCGUGGGUAUUCUGAAGGCCAAACCAAGUGUUAGCUUCAUUACAGAUAAUACUAGCAGCCCUCAGUAUACAUACACAGCACCAACGUCUCCUUCUAUGGCCAGAUCGAAUGAUCCAAAUGGAUCACCGCCUGGACGACCAAGAUCUAAUUCAACGGGCUCGGUUUUGAGAUGGGAUGAAGAUGGUCGCCCACCUACAGCUCCAUCCGGUGAUGGUAGAGAUAGUAGAGAUGUUAAAGUAAUUGCUGCCGCCGCCGCUGCAUUUAGAAAGCUGGGAUCUGCCGUGAAGAAUGUACGAGAUGGUAGAGAUGCUGGACGAGAAGAGCGCCGUGAACGUAAAGAAAACUUGAACCGCUUAUCUCGAACCAUGCCGCGAGGAAAUAGUGUUGGAAGUGCUACUCUACUGAAUGGUGCUAUGAGUGGUAAUUCUAGUAAUAGUCCUGCCACCAACGGCACUACAGGUGGUAGUAGUAGAAAUGUCAGCACUCCACGUAGAAAGUCAGCUACUCGACAAAUCAUCCGAAACCCAACAACACCUGGCUUUGGAUUCCGACAACAACGAGAUACUCCAGAUGACGACGCAGCAGCAUCUACAUCUUCUCCACCACUACCGCCACGACCUCUACUUGCCACCACUUCUGAUAUAACAGAGCCGCCAGCUGGACAUAUUCUUCCAGGUCAUGAGACUGAACGACAGAAUAGUCAUAGUAGGUUACAGCUGGAUGAUUCUGCUGCUGACGUAUUAUCACCAGACUUGGGCACUCCGUCAGGAAUUGGAUCCCGUUUAGCAGAAGGUGAAAUCGAUAUCCAUGAUGACGACAUCAACGACAAUAGUCAUAUGAAUGGUGACGAAGAUCAACCACCGUUACCACCGCGUAAAGGUCGUGCAGAUGAACAUGUACGUCCUGUCUAUCUUAAAGGCCUAUUUACAGUGCAAAACACAUCCACAAAACCAGCAUCCGUCAUUCGCGACGACCUCAUUCGAGUGCUGGCCAUGAAUGGAAUACGAGCUGAAGAAUAUCGUGGUGGAUUUAGCUGUGAAUAUACACCUUCCGUCACUGGUCUAGUAGAUGGUGAAAAGGAAAAAGAGUCCAGAUGGAAACGGCUCGGUGACAAGAUGGGUGAACGUGCUCAACGAUUAAGUGAGCGGGUUCCCUUUGGAGGAGGUACAGGCGGUUUUAGAGAUCGAGCUAGAUCUCGAGACCGUGGUGAACGUGAUCGAGACCGUAGUCGAGCGAAUCGACAACGUGAUCGAGAACGUAUAGAAGCAUUCUGGUCUAGAGAACGUGGAGGUGAUGAUGGUGAACGACAUCCAAAUAGUGCAGCUGGAGAUUUAGAAAUGCCUCGUAUGCACAGUGACAAUGACAUUGACGAUCAACCCUCUGCAUCAUUAUCUCAUGGUGAAUUACGACCGAAUCGUAAUGCUGGUGAAGGUGAUCCAACCCUUGAUGAUCGGGAUGCGUGGUAUAUGUCGGAUGAUGGAUUUUCAGGUCCAGAAGAUAUUCAUCGACCUGAAAAUGGUGGGAGACCUGAAUCUCGUAAUAGUAGUCUAGACGAUGAAUUCUAUGGUGACGGCCCACCAUCACCAGGAUACGUCGAUCUAAGUAGUGUUGAUGUCAAUGGAAUCUCGACUAGCCCAGAGAUGACCAAGCAACCUGCUGUAUUAAACCAUGAACAUCUUGACGAUGCUAUGGCACAAGGAGGCGUUGAUGUCUCUGAUGCAGGACGUGGAUUAGGAGUUACUGGAACCGAUAAUAAACCACUCGUGCCAUCUAGCGAAGAUAAUGAAACCAUGACUAGUGCCAAUACCAGUACGAAUGUAACGGCUACAACUAUAACAACAGCAGUAAAUGAUACCCAUAAUGGAUCACCACCGUUAUCUUCUGUAGCCUUUGCUACACUUCCAGUGCCAGACCUGUCUGUGCGCUUUGAAGUAUUCAUCGUAAAAAUACCAUGGUUGGGACUUCACGGAGUGCAGUUUAGACGUAUAGGAGGGGCUGAUAUCUGGUUGUACAAGACCAUAGCAAAUCGUAUAUUGGAGGACCUUCGUUUGUAG